UCCACGCUCGACGACGGACGUUCGGAUAUCUCGGGCAAAUCUCACGGGCAAAAGUGGCCAAAACUUCGCAUUCUCGCAACCUGGCCUUCUUGUGUUUUGAUCUCUGACUGACUCUGUUACCAAGUGCUUAAACUGUCUUCCACGCGAGACCCGAAAUACGCAUAAACUGUCCGGUGAACCCGAGAACUAAAUCCAUUUUUUUUUACGUGCCUGUGUCUGAAAAACUGCCGGUCUUUCUAAUACGACUAUGAUGCUGCCCACACGCACCACCUGAUCACUGUCAUCGGAAGCCACACGCAGAGAUGCUCACCAUGAUGCCACUGCUAAUUUUCCUGGCUCUGGCCCUGGUUCCGGCCAUGGCCAGCAGUCCCCACCAGAACGGCGGCCAGGCUGCCGGCCCGAACGGAUUACAGUGCCAGCGGAUUGCCGUUUCCGCCUGCCAGGGACUCGGCUACAACAUGACCGCUCUGCCCAACCUGGCGGGGCACACCAAUCAGCUGGAGGCUGAGCUGCAGAUUGCCAAGCUGCUGCCUUUGAUCGAGUCCGGGUGCUCCCCACGCGCCCGUUUCCUGCUCUGCUCCGCCCUAUUUCCGCUCUGCACCCCGGACGUGCCACGCCCCGUCACCGCCUGCAAGUCCUUGUGCGAAACAGUGCGGGGGGAGUGCGCGGCCAGCUCUGCGGCGGAUCUAAUGGAGAUGUGGCCCUCGUUCCUCAACUGCGAGGUCCUGCCCCAGCCGGAAAAGCACGAGCUGUGCAUGCAGAUUCCGGAGGAGCUGCCCGCUCAAGGAAGCCUGGCCGAGGAAGGAGGCUCUUCCACUCAAAGACCGGCAGCCGUAGCGGAGAACCACCCGGAGCUGAGUCCGCCGCCGUCUAUGUACCGCUUCUGGAAGACGGCCCCUCAGAGCCCGGGCCAGAGUUCGGGCGGAAACGGAGUGCUGUGCCCCCAGAACUUCAGCGCCAGUCCUUUGAACCCGGAGGUCUGCCUGCCGCAGUGCCAGAGGGACGCCUUCCACACCACGGCCCAGAAGAAGCUAACAGAGAGCCUGAUCCUAGGCCUCUCCGCCGUCUGCUUCGUCCUGACCCUGUUCGCGCUGGUGACCUUCUGGGCGGAGCCCACCCGGUUCGGCUACCCAGAGCGGCCAGUGCUCUUCCUCUGUCUUUGCUACAACCUGUUCAGCGUCUGCUACCUGGAGAGGAUCGUGUUUCACAACCAGGCCCGUAGCCUGGCGGCACAGAUGCAGGACGUGCCCCGGCUGCGCCAGGGAUGUCUCCUCACCCCUCCCUGCCUGGCCUCCUACAUCACCACCUCGUAUCUGAGCCUGUGCGCCGCCAGCUGGUGGCUCAUCUUCGCGCUCUGCUUCUACCUCUCGUCUCACAAGAAGUGGUCCAGCGAGGCCCUGGAGAAAAGAUCCGGCCUCUUCCACGUCCUGGCCUGGGUGCCACCCCUGGCCCCGCCCAUCGCCGCUUUACUCCUCGAGCGGGUGCGUCCCAGUGAGCUCACCGGCAUGUGCACGGCGCCGGGAUUCGUUGAGCUGCCCGCCCUAGUGCUGCUCCUCCUGGGCCUCUACUUCACGUUGCGCGCAUCACGCUCCCUGCUUUCCCUGCAGCAGCAGCUCCAGCCAACCUUGGCGCUGGCCCACCACCGCUUUGGACAGAUCCGGAAGCGAUUCGUUCUCUUCUCGCUACUGUACUUCGCGCCCACGGCCGCCGGGGUGAUCGCCGCCCUGUGCGAGCGCUACGUGGACUCCGUGCCCGGCUGCUCCACGCCGGAGGACUGCGCCUCGCCGGCUCCCCUCAGCGCCUGGCCGGCCCUGUUGAGGAUCUUCUUCCAGCUGGUGGGCGGUACCCUCACCGGGCUGUGGGUGUGGUCGCGGAAGACCUGCGAGAGCUAUCGGAACCGGCUGGGAGCGCCGGGCUGCACGCAGUCCUGCCCUGCCCACAAGUCGGCAGGGGCACUGCCCAAAAAGCAUCUCUACACCAGCGGGAAGUCCACGGGGGGACUGAUGGGAGGAGGAGGUGGCGGCAGUGCUUCCUCCACGGCGCCCCUCUAUGCCGGCAUCAGUUUCCACAAUGUCCCGGUCUACAAUCCAAACCAGUCGAGGAUCUAGAAAUCACAACAGCCGAAGGACUGAGUAGGGAUCUCCCAACCCGAAUGUACAUACAACUCUUGACCCCACAAGGCUUUAAGCUCUGAUCUAAGUACAUGAUGACUCCAUGUACGUCUAGUUGUAAGGCUAAAAAAAUAUUCAAUAAAACCGAAAUGUGUUAAUAGCUUUAAAGAUCCCUCGCCCACCCCAUUUCCCAUUUUUUUUUUUAAUAUUAAAUACUAUUAGUAGUUAUUUAGUUUAGUCUAAGUGUAUAUAGUUUUUUUUUCUAAAGCGUAUUAUCAUAAUGAGUUAGUUCUAAGCUCGGAAUACAAUUUGAUUGAAAAGUGUAAAUAAAAGAAAAGUAAUUUAAUUGAAUGGAAAAAA